AUGUCUUUGCUACCGUUGUUCGACGAGAGACUUUUCAUGAGUCCCAUGAUGAGGGAUCCCUGGUCUGCUGACUUCCGCAACUUUUCCCCGAUCCUGGCUCAGCGCGACGCACUCUUCAAGCCUUGGCACCGGAUGAUGAGGUCUUGGGAAAAAAUAAUGGAACCUAUUGACCAAUUAAUGGCCCAAAUGAACGAGUGCAGGCUAAGUGACAGUGUUGGUAGCGACGAUGAAACGUUCCAGGUGAAUGUGGAUGUUCAGCAUUUUUUGCCGGAAGAAAUCAGUGUCAAAGUAUUGAACAAACAAGUAAUAGUGGAGGGGAAACACGAGGAUAAACUAGAUGACCACGGAUACGUCUCGAGGCAGUUCAUGCGGCGGUAUGCUCUUCCUGAUGGGUGUUUACCAGAUACUGUGCAGUCCAAACUCUCGUCUGAUGGUGUGCUAACGAUCACCGCUCCCAAAGUGAUCGCCAUGCCCUCAACUGGUGAACGAAUCAUACCAAUCACUCACACAGGACCGGUGCAAAAGCAACUAGGAUCUCCAGAUUUCGAGGAGUAA